UAUACCUUUUUUCAAACAAACACCAUUUUGUAGGAAACAAAGACUCGAACUUUUUCUGGGUUCCGAUGUUAGAGUUGCAGCCGUCAGAUCGUCGUCCCGGAGCUCCGAGUUCUAGCGGCGGCGGUGGUGGUGGUGGUGGAGGAGAUGAGCUGAUCAGAACGUAUAAGGGUUGGAAAGGCAAUAACGUGUUCUUCUGUGGAGGAAGGCUUGUGUUUGGACCCGAUGCUAGAUCUAUACUCAUCACCAUCUUCUUGAUUACAGCUCCCGUCACUAUCUUCUGCGUUUUCGUCGCCAGAAAAUUUAUUGAUGACUUCCCUCACCACAGAGGAGUAUCAGUACUAGCCGUCGCUGUUGGUCUUAACAUUUUAGAUCUUAUAUUCCUUCUUGUAACCUCUGGGAGAGACCCUGGAAUCAUACCUCGUAAUCUAUAUCCUCCUGAACCAGAAGGUAUUGAGAGUAGUGGAGAACCGCGUCUUUCUCACACUCCUACUCAGAGCCGGUUGCCUCGGACAAAAGAUAUGGUUGUGAAUGGAAUCACUGUGAAGAUCAAAUACUGUGACACUUGCAUGCUCUACAGACCUCCCCGUGCUUCUCACUGCUCCAUAUGCAACAACUGCGUUGAGAAAUUUGAUCAUCACUGUCCUUGGCUUGGUCAAUGCAUUGGAUUGAGAAACUACAGGUUCUACUUCAUGUUUAUAUUGUGCUCGGCUCUUCUCUGCAUUUAUGUCCAUGUGUUUUGCUGGAUAUACGUCAAGAGGAUAAUGGAUGGCGAGAAGAUAAACAUCUGGAAAUCUCUAAUCAAGACACCUGCUUCCAUCGCUCUAAUAAUCUACACGUUCAUCUCUGUCUGGUUCGUUGGUGGGCUUACCGGUUUCCACUUGUACCUAAUGAGUACCAAUCAAUCAACUUACGAAAACUUUAGGUAUCGGUAUGAUAGACACGAGAACCCAUUCAACAAAGGGAUAGUUGGUAACUUCAUGGAAGUGUUCUGCACAAGCGUUGCUUCAUCUAAGAACAGUUUCAGAGCAAAGGUACCAAAGGAGCCAGUGAUCCCACCAAGGAUAGUGAGCGGAGCCAUGUCAAGCCCGAGCUUGCAGAAAGUUUCACAGGACAUAGAGAUGGGGAGAAAACCGGUGUGGCACGAGACAGUAGAUGAGGAGCUCGGUGACAUGGACAAGGACAUGGAAACAUCGGUUACAUCAAGGGAUUUGAGCAGGAUGCUUCCACCAGAAGAGACCGAAGGACGUGGGAUUAUGCAUUCGAGAGAGUCUAGCAGGGGAAGGAGAGGAGGUAGCUGGGAGUUCUCAGGCCGUGUUAACGAAGAUUUACGAAGCAGAGAUAAUGAGCCUUCAGGGAAUGAUGCUUCCAGAGAUUUACUGGUUGAGAUAUCUGAUGCAUCAACAGUUAGAAGCAGAACCGGAACUGGUAUAGGACGGUUAUAGUCUCCGGUUUAAGGCAAUUACACAAUUGAAAAAGGUUUGAAGAAGAUCAAACAAGAUUGUGAUUCAUUCAGGUUUGUUUGUCUGUUUACCACAUUGUAACGAGUUUGUGUAAAGUAAAUGUUUAAAUUUGAUUAAAAAGGUUUCAAAAUAACUGUUUGGACCAAACAAGACAUGAAUUUACUUGAGGGAGAAGGCAUCUG